UCCACCAUGGCUGAGCAGCUGUCUCAGAGUGAGCUGGACUAUCCUUUUAAACUGUUAGAAUACAUUAAUGGCUUCAAAAUUUCCAAGGUCAUUUUCACAGCCAGUCAGCUUGGUGUUUUUGACUUAAUGCUACAGUGCCAGAAAGCUCUGAGUGCUGAGUGUAUUGCAAAGGAGCUGCACACAAGUCAGAAUGGCUUGGAGAGACUACUGGAUGCCUUGGUUGGGAUAGAUAUUCUUGAUGUGGAAAUUAUCAAUGGAAAAGCACUUUACAGCAGCACUGAUGUUUCCGAUCUUUAUUUGGCUAAAGCAAGCCCAAAAUCUCUGAGUAAUAUGAUUCUGUACCAGUCUCAGGAUAUAUACCCACUGUGGAACUUCCUGCCUGAUGCUGUGCGGCAGGGAAGAAGUCAGAAUGAAAAAGCAUUUGGGACGUCUUCCAAGGACACGUGUGAAACCCCUUUUAGGUGUGAAGAAGAAUUGCUGAAAUUUAUGGGAAUGAUGCACUCAACUUGGGUAUUUGCAGCCCAUGAUGUUGUGACAGCAAUUGAUCUUUCACCUUUUAAAACAGUAGUUGACCUAGGAGGCUGCACUGGUACCUUGGCACGUGAAGUGUGUCUUGUCUACCCAUACUGUAGCAUUACUGUAUUUGAUAUACCUGAAGUGGUAAAAAUGGCCAAGAAGCACUUUUGUGGAAUAGAUGACUGUAUUACAUUUAAAGAAGGUGAUUUCUUCAAUGGAGAGCUUCCAGAAGCCAAUCUGUAUAUCCUAGCUGGCAUUAUUCAUGGCUGGGAAGAGGAGAAGUGCUUGCAGCUGCUGCACAAGAUUUAUGCACAGAGCAAGCCAGGUGGUGGGGUCCUGAUAGUGGAGGCCAUGCUCAAUGAAAACAGAAGAGGUCCCAUCUUCUCUCAGCUCCUUUCCCUCAACAUGCUGCUUCAAAUGGAAGGAAAGGAACGGUCACCAUCAGAAUUUUUCAAGUUACUUACUACUGCAGGAUUCAAAGACAUUCAGGUUCAGCGGACUGGAAAAUGUUAUGACGUUGUUCUUGGAAUUAAAUGAUUGUCUAUAAUGGAAUUAAGGGUAAUUUAUAAUUCUUCAUUUUUCUUCUUAUGUAACUGUACACUUUAAACAUGAAUCACACUUAAGUAUUGUAGUGAUAUUUAAUUUUAUUUAUUUUAUUGUAGCACAAGCAUAUUACUGAAGGUUAACCUGAGUUUUUAAUUAAAAAAUCAAUACUUUUAAAAGAAA